GGCGGCGGAGGUGCGUGGCUGCCCGUGGCUCAGCAGCACCCGUGUGGACACACAUACACACACAGGCCAUCGAUCCAGCCAGCAGUGUGAUUCCUGCCACCGCCGCUAGAUGGUGCCCACUCCACCACAACACACUUUCCCAGACGUCAGUAGCAGAAGAGACUUUACUGCCGUGGGCUGUACGCCCUCUCCUGCCCGCCCGCGCCCACACAUGUUCCUCUAUACGAGGGCGCGGUGAGAUGGCGUCUGCAGCACUCAACAGCGGGCUGCUGGAGGCAUUAGUGGCGAGAGGAACCACGCCCCACACCUCCAGGGACAUCCAUCCGCCCACUCCCAACACCGAGGACCCCGCGGCCGCCCAUCACGCGUACUUGCACGCCCACUUCCAGGCCGUCGCCUCCCACUACGCCGCUGGGGGUGACCCCCACGAUAUGUCCACUUCUGGAGGUGACGUCACGACGGAAGACGACGAGGCUAGUCUCAACGACCAGCUUGGCCACUAUUACAGUAAGACACUCGGCGAAGACCAUCUCUCUGCGUCAGCCAAGAAGCGGCGCAAGCAAAGCAAGCCUGUGCGCCUCCCCACGCCCCAGGGCGACACGGGCGAGGUGCAGCAACAACCUCCCAUCAAAACUGAAGAAACGCAGUUCGACUCAGAAAUGUCUGAUCGAUCGGCGGAAGGGGAAGAGAACUUUACCUGUCCUCACUGCCACUUGCAAGCACCCUCGGAUGACAGUCUCAGACGCCACAUCAUCGAGGAACACAUCGGACGCCUGCUUAGUGAUGACGAGGCACGACAACAGCGCCAGCAGCAUCUGCGGCAAGAUCAAGAGAGCGCAGAGCGUCUCAAGAACGAAGAUGGAGCUGCGCCACUCAACCUGUCCAGUCCCAGGUGGGAGGGUGGAGCCCCGACUGCCAGACCGCAAGAUGAAGACGUCCGCAGUCCUCCUAUCUCAAUUCCUAUGCCGCCAUCAUUCGGUGACAUGAAGUUUCCCUUGCCCGGCCUCCUGCCACUAGGACCGCCACACUUCCUGUUGCCGUUCUUGCAACAAGCAGAGCAUGAACGCCUGUCUGCAGGCAGCCAUCCGUCACAGAACUCUCCCCCAUCUUCCUCAACUAAUGGUCAACACCAUCGAAUCUUUAAUUUACAAGCGUACUGUGAUCUCUGUAACAAAGAAUUCUGUAACAAGUACUUCCUUAAGAUUCACAAAGGAAACAAGCAUGGCAUUUACUCUCCGGAGGUUAGUAGCUCUCCUACGGGCAUUACCCCUGGUCACUCCACACCUCUGGGCCCUAGUGUGCCCCUGGCCUCGCCCCUGGGCCCUAGUUUUAGUUCAGGAGGCCUUGUUGGAUCUUCUUACGCUGGAGCCUUCAUCUCCGCCACCAUGAGUAAUCUCCCACUGAGACCUCCGCUGCUUCCCACUCACCCUGGUGCCAGCAAGCCUUUGCCCAUACCGAAGACGGAACCAGGUACCAGCACUACCACCACCAAGCCUGGAGGCGUCAUUAACCUCGAGGCUUACUGUGAGCUAUGCCAAAAGGAAUUUUGCAAUAAAUAUUUCCUGAAGCGCCACAAGUCGAAGAUUCACGGCAUAACCAUUGAUGUAGUAACCAAACCCAAGACUCCGGGUGUGGUGCCCGUCCGUGUGGCACCAAAUAGGCCUGAAGGUUGGUGUGACGCCUGCAGGAGGGAUAUCGGUGGCCGGGCAGCACUCAACGCACACAAGCUGCAAGCUCACGGACCGCACAUCGUAGCUACGCUUCCAUCACCCCAUAAUACCUCACCCCAGUCUGCAAGAAAUCCUCGAACUUCAACACCCAGUGACAGACUGAAGCACAGUCCAGAUCACAGGGACCCCAGAGAGUAUUUCAGCCCGUGGGAGGCACUGAAGGACCCACGUGAGCCAAUCAAAGAGUUAUGGGACUCCAGGAAAGACAUAGGAGAAAUACCAACUGAAGCGAGGGAUCAAGCAAGCGAUAAUCCAGCGCGAAGUCCUUGGGAGAGGCCCUUGGGAUCACCCUGGGAUGCUAUUCGAGAAAUACCAAGAGCUACUGAGGGUUUAAGAGAGCCACUCAAGGACAACCUUCAAAGGGCUGAGUCAUGGGGUAAGCAGGAACCCCGAAGCAGCAGUGAGCAGUAUAAUCACCGCGACAAGAGUAGCGGUCCCCUUCCUCACUUCGAUCGCUUGGCAGAUUCAUCCCAUGAAUUUUCUCUCGACAGUCAUGAUAUACGGGCAGUGAGGGAGGAACAACAGCGGGAAUGGGAGAUGCAGCAACAGCGGGACUUAGAGCAGCAACAUCGCGAGCGAGUGCAACAACAAUAUUUAGAACAUGAACGGCAACACCGUGAACUAGAACGGGAAAGAGAACUGCAGCAGCUGGAACGAGAGGAGUGGGAACGUGAGCGAGACCGGGAACGAGAGUUAUACAGGGAACAACAAUUAGAACGUGAGCAGUAUGAACGAGAACAACGAGAGAGGUUACUUACUGAUCAACGUGAACUUGAGCACCAAGGGGAAAUCAAGAGAGAAAACCAAGCCGAAAGCCACCAGGAGCAACUUUAUCAGGAGGGCGAAGGACGACAGUGUGAACGGCAAAAUAGUGAGCCUGAGACAGAAGAAUGUGAGAAAGGAGAACGUACCAACUUCCAGUAUAUUCAAGACAAUUUUAAAGAAAAGCUUCACGUGGAUGUCAAAGCAGAAACGAUGAAGAGACAAGAAGGAGAAAGCUCCGAAUGUCGGCAAGAAAGACCAGAAAGUCAUGAAGGGCCAACAAGUAGAGAGGAAGAGGUGGCUGAUCGCGAAAAAAUGUACGAUGGGCAAGAGGGAACCGAAGGCCGCCCAGUUAGGUGCGAAGGUCGGGAGGGAAGCCUUGAAGGUCACGAAAGUAGUCUUGAAGGUCGUGAGGCUGGACCUGAGGGACGUGAAAUUGGUAGAGACCCAUCUCGUGAGGGCUAUCGGACACCAGGGGGCAGCAGCGCUGACGAGAGCUCCCGGGAUACUGGCAUCAUCGCCCGUGUGGGCCAGCCAGCAAUGGUUCAGGCACCUCCCGGAACGAAGUUUACCCCUGAGCAGCUCCGGCAGUUGGGAGUCAUCAACCCCGACGCCUUCUGUGAACUCUGCUGCAAAGAGUUUUGCAAUAAGUAUUUCCUCCGCACACACAGAAUUAAGAAACAUGGCAUUUACACACCCGAGUUCUCCGACAGAAGUAAAAACCAACAAAAAGAGAGCUCCCCUAUGAAUCUUGCACGACUUCUAGAGCGUCAGGCGCUCUAUGUCCGGCCGACACUAUCAGACACUGACGGUGACCUUGAUUGUGACCUAUGCCGUCGUCCCUUCCCCAGCCCUUAUAUUUUGCAGAUGCACAAAUACUAUUUCCAUGGAUCAGGACAAGAGGCUGGGCACCAAGAGCCUCUGUCUCUGCACCCACAGCCGUCACCGCACGAGCAGUUGAGGCAGCUCGCACUUCAUGCCCAACAACAAGCUAGGCAACAGCAGCAGCAACAUCAAAAAAGAAUGCAAGAGCAACAGAAACAACUAGAAUACCAGCAGAGGCUAAUGAAACAAGAAGAUCAGAGGGAACAAGCUAGACUGGAGCAUGAGAGUCUGCAGUCAACUGUUAAUGCAGAAGGGCAACCGGAGAGAACCGAAGACCUGCCUCGCCCUUCUGUGAUCGAGUCGGCAGGGUCUGGAGAGUCGGACGCUAGCGAGGACCUCCGCAAACUUCAGUCUAUGAUACUACAGCUCAACCGUCAAGGAGAGAUGGGUCUGAGGUGUCCCUUGUGCAACAAGGACGUCGGCAACAAGUACUUCCUGCGUGCACACAUGAUGACAGAGCACGGAAUCCUGGGUCAUGAGGAAGUGUCGGCACCACCCAGCGAAGGAGCCCAAACUCCAAAAACUCCAAGAGAACCCACCCUGAAGGUGUCACCUCCAUCCACGCCUACAGGUGUAACCCAAGCAUUCUGUAGUAUUUGCAAGAGAGAUUUUUUCUCUCGGUAUAUCCUACAGCAACACUUGCUAAGUGCUCAUGGGGUGUUUACGCCCCCUGCACCUCCCACUUCCUUCAUGGAACGAAUCAGAGCAGAAGUAGAGAGUCGUGAGGAACGGAAGCCUCAAUCUACUUCUCGGUCCUAUUGUGAAAUCUGUAACAAAGAACUUUGUAAUAAAUAUUUUAUGAAGACUCACAUGCUGAAGAUGCAUGGUAUUAAUGUGGAAAAUGGAGUCUCUGGAGGAGUGACGUGUGACUUGUGCAACAAAGAACUGUGCAGCAAAUACUUCCUCCGUGUGCACAAACAAAACACUCAUGGGAUGGUCGAGGAAGGACGAGAAGGUGACGAAGGUAUUGUCCCCUCAGACAUCGAGUCGUGUCCGCUUUGUCCUCGCCGCUUCAAGAACCUAAAGUGGUUGAAGACCCAUCUGACAAGCGACCAUGACGACGCUGGCAAGGACAAGUGGCGCGAGAUAGAGGGGUCGCUGGGGGUGCAAGAAUCUCCCCAGAAGAGCGAGCCUACAUGUGGUUUGUGUGGCCUAGCAGUGCCCGACUUGGUCUCCCUCCAGCUCCAUGUCAUCAAGAUGCAUGGCUCUCCAGAAACACCCAUGGAAACUGAUGCACAAACCCCAGCCAAGGAUUCUAAGGCCCAAUCUCUACAUUGCUCAAUAUGUCCAUUCACAGCAUCUUCACCAGCUUUACUGUUGGCUCACGCCCGUACUCACACCCGUGGGAUGGCCCCCUUACCAGGUGUUCUAGGACAAUCACUUCCUUGUCCACUGUGUUCACAAGUAUUACCUGGUCUGGAAGCUUACCAACACCACCUACUACAGCAUCAACUACAAGGUCUUCUGAAACCAUUGCUAGAGAAAGAAAUCACCCAUCCUGAACCUGACGCUCCCGAGACCUUUAAGGUACCAGUAGAGACGAAUGAAGAGACCCCAGCACGCGCUCCACCCACCAAACGCAGGAAGAGGUGGCGGUGUUCUCAGUGUAGUCGGCGCUUCCGGACGCGAGCACUGUGCCUGGCACACGUGCAUGCCAUGCACAACCCCAGAGCACGUGGCACCUGGCUCGGCCGCCCACCUGUCCACCGCCGCCUCUACAAGUGCCGUAAGUGUGGCGCAGUAGCGCAGCGCCUGACUUCUUUGAGACAGCACAUUCGCGAGCAGCACAGUGCGGGACCAAGCGUGCCCACUACGCACGCCACGCCCACCAAGCCGCGCUCAGCUGGACGCUUCGUCAUGCAGCCGUUCCUGAUGAACAACGGGGGGUGUGAGGCAGGCAGCGAGGGAGGCGACGAUGGUGACAAAGAAGAAGCGAGGCGGUGUGAGCGACAGUUCGUCCCGUCACUGGUGUACCUGCCGGUGGCUCGCCGCGUUCACCGCCCCCUCACCGUCUCCUUCAGCCUCACGCCUGCGUGAUCUCCGCGCCCCACGGCGCUCCACAUCUCAGGGUCUCGUUCUUCUUAAAAGUACAAUCACGGGGCGGACUGGAGCCGGGUGGUACGGCUGUGGGUCCAGUCCAGUGGGCCGCGGGGGCCCGCUGUGCUCCCCGUCGCACAGGUGCUACACGCCCGUCGCUUGCCGUAGGCGGACAGCGCGGGUGGGAUGAUAUGCCGCGGGUGGUGUUCCCUGCGUGGCUCGUGGCUCGCUCCGUACUCUCCUUUAUAUCACUGUACCUCAGUAACAAUCAAAACCGGGGGAAUGCCCGCUGCCCACGCCCGCGCCUUCGGGCGUGGGUGUGAUGGCGUGCAAUUCGGGUUGUGAGGGCGCGGGCAGGGCGGGGGUGUUGGCUGUGACCAACACUAUGUUAUAUCAGGAGGCUUCCACCAGCUCGAUACUUACACACACACACACACACACACACACACACACACACACACACACACACACACACACACACACACACACACACAACACACACACACACACAAACACACACACAAACACACAAACAAACACACACACACACAACACGCACACUUGUCAUGUAUGCAUGCACCUGUCCAAGACUGACACCACAGAUACGCACCUGUCCUACGUUGGUGGACAUACACCUAUCCAACGCUGACGACAAAGAUAUAAGUCCUACAAUGAUAUAUACGCACCUGUCCAUCAUGUACACAUGCUAUAUAUCACGGAUAUCUACAUAAAAGUUUGCAGAUGUCCAAGAUAAAUAAAAUGUGUAUGUAUGGAUAUGCACAUCUCUUCUAGUUUCAUUCCUCCACAAAACAUAUUUCACAUCAACGUCAUCAUCAUGUGUUCUUGUAUCUCUCCUUAUCCCUAGGUCCCUCACCAGACCUUCCUCUGCAGUGUGUUCCGUCGCACGUCCCUUGUCCCUACGUAGCAUAUAUCGUCCGUCCCACGUCCUUUGUCCCUAUAAUAUAUACUUCAUUCAUCACAAGUCCCUUGUCCCUACUUAGCAUACAUCAUCCGUCACACGUCUCUUGUCUCUACGUAGUGGACGUCCCUUGAACACUCGACUCCCAGCAUAUCUUAGGCUAUCACAAGGCCACUGCUUUUGUGUUCACCGUCACCAAACAAUUGUUACCUAUAUAUCCUUGUCCCCCCGUGUACAUGACCCCUGCCCUCACGUGUCCCACCUUCUAUAUCCUACAUACAAAAUAUCUUAUAUCCCUCUCUGUCCGCAUUAUCAAAUAUCCUGAGUUUCAAAGUCUUGUCAUUUACGUUCUAUUUCUUGUCAUAAACUAUUGUAACCUGAUCGCACAAUCACUUCAGUCUACUCGUCUACAUAUAUCCCAAAUGUUCAGAGACUAAGUCAUAAUUAGCGGAAGGAGGAUCGAGCCUCCAGCAUUCCAUGCACAAAAUUACUCCACGGUAGGUUUAGUCUCCACUAAAUACGACCCACAACACUAUACAUAUCGCCUGAGCAAAUUUCAACUCCCAAACAAGCAGCCUUCGUUGUUAACUGAUUAAGAGCGUUGCAUCAUACAAGUUUUAUACACGGCAAGUAGUAUUUAGCAAAUUUCUGAUACGUAAGCUUGGCACCUGGGGCAGGUGUGUGUCAGGUCAUGCCCAGCUGGUGAAGUCACCGCUGUCAAUAGAGGGGCCUUCCCCCGCUCCUGUGCCCGAUGCCCGACCGUCAGGGAUAGGAAUUAUAGGUCUUUUACAUAAUAUUAUUAUAACUAUUACUAUUAUUGUGAACCUGAAUACAUAUAUAUAACUGUCCAGAUAAUGAUUAGCAUUGUAUACUGGUCUCUGAAAUGUACAUGUGUAUGCAUGGCUAUAUAUAUAUAUGCAUGUACGUGUGUAUGUAUAGAUGUACAUAUGUAUGAACUGAUGUAUGUAUGGAUGUAUAUACGAAUGUACGUGUGUAUGCAUGGAUGUAUAUAUGUGCAAUGUAUUCAUGUUAGAGCCAUGUGGUGUCAUUAUUUACUGAAUAGGAUGGAAAUUACACCCUCUUCUCACUUCUGCCUCUUCCCAACCCAACUCCCUUUCUCCUUUCCCUGAACCUCCCCCCAGUCUUUUUAUCCCGACCUUUCCCUUCGUCUGCCAAAGCAAAAACGUCACAGCGUUCUUGUACAGUCUAGCCAUAUUAAUUUUAGCGGAUUUAGUGGUUUGUAAUACUAUCCAUAUUAAAAACGAAUACUGUCAUUGUUCAAGCUAUGUUAUUUUUUUCGAAAGUGCUGAGGCCUGAUUCUGUUUGAGAAGGAGCUCGGAGUGGGGCCCCAGGCAGUGUUGUGUGUGAGUGGGACUCCAGACUGUGUUGUGUGUAUGAGCUGGAUCCAAGUCAAUGUUUUGUAUGUAUCAGUGGGACCCCAGGCAGUACUGAGUGUAUGAGGCGGACCCAAGCCAGUGGCUUGUGUGAGUGAGUGGGGAUUCCAAGCAGUGUUGUGUGUAUGAGUGAGAUCCAAGCAAGAUAUCAACAUAGGUAUUAAAUCGGACGAUCCGAUCAAGUGUGCCACAAAUAUUAUGUCAAACAGAUGGAACCAACCUGUAUCCAAACUCCAAUCCCACUUCCUUAGUGCAAGGCUCAAAAUUAAA